UUGAGAAGAUUUGAGUCCACGUGAAACAGCAUAGUCUGAUAUUCGCAGUUUACAGCGGUUGUAAGAAGAUCUAGGAGGGAAUACAAUGGCUAACUCUGAGAUAGCGCUGUUGAGUGUGUCUGACAAGACUGGUGUAGUGGACUUUGCCAAGCAGCUGGUCUCUGUCGGUCUCUCCCUGGUUGCUUCUGGGGGCACCGCACAGGCUCUGCGGGACGCUGGUCUUUCUGUAAGGGAUAUUUCAGAACUUACGGGAUUUCCAGAAAUGCUGGGAGGAAGGGUGAAGACAUUGCAUCCAGCAGUUCAUGCAGGUAUUUUGGCUAGAAACACCUCUUCUGACAACUCUGAUAUGGAUAACCUAGGUUUCAACCUUGUGAGGGUUGUUGUGUGUAACUUGUAUCCAUUUGUGAAGGCCAUCUCUUCCCCCACUAUCACUAUGGAAGAGGCUGUGGAACAGAUUGAUAUUGGUGGCGUUACUCUGCUGCGUGCUGCAGCGAAGAACCAUGUCCGUGUGACCAUUGUGUGUGAUCCCAGCGAUUACAACAUGGUUGUAAAGGAGAUGAUUAGUUCUGAAACCAAGGACACAAGUCUGGAGACUCGGAAAAUGUUGGCUUUGAAGGCUUUUACUCACACUGCACAGUAUGAUGAAGCGAUUUCUGAUUACUUCAGAAGAGAGUACAGUAAAGGGAUAUCCCAUGUCCCCUUGCGUUAUGGAAUGAACCCCCAUCAGGCACCUGCACAGCUCUACACUGUGCGACCUAAACUUCCCAUCUCAGUUCUGAAUGGGUCUCCUGGUUUUAUCAAUCUCUGUGAUGCCCUGAAUGCCUGGCAACUGGUGAGAGAACUGAAGGAAGCCCUGGGACUCCCUGCAGCUACAUCUUUCAAGCAUGUCAGCCCAGCAGGUGCUGCUAUUGGAGUGCCAUUGAGUGAGGAGGAUGCUAAAGUCUGUAUGGCAUAUGAUGUGUACAAGGAUCUGACACCCCUGGCUACUGCAUAUGCAAGAGCUAGAGGCUCUGACAGAAUGUCUUCCUUUGGAGAUUUUAUUGCCUUGUCUGACAGCUGUGAUGUUCCCACUGCAAAACUCAUCUCCAGAGAGGUUUCUGAUGGGAUUAUUGCUCCUGAUUAUGAAGAAGAGGCGUUGAAAAUUUUAGCCAAGAAGAAAAAUGGCAACUAUUGUAUUUUGAAGAUGGACCCUGAAUAUGUUCCUGAUGAAAAUGAGGUGCGUGUUCUCUUUGGGUUAUAUUUGAAGCAGAAGAGGAACAAUAUUUCUAUCAACGGCUCUCUUUUCAACAAUGUUGUCUCCAAUGGAAAACUGUCGGAGCAGGCUGUUCAAGACUUACUUGUAGCCACCAUAGCUGUCAAGUACACCCAGUCCAACUCUGUGUGCUAUGCCAAGGAUGGCCAGGUUAUUGGGAUUGGUGCUGGACAGCAGUCUCGUAUCCAUUGCACUCGCUUGGCUGGAGACAAAGCCGAUAACUGGUGGCUGAGACACCACCCCAGGGUGCUGACCAUGAAGUUUAAGCCUGGAGUGAAGAGAGCUGAAAUUGCCAAUGCCAUCGACCAGUUUGUUAGUGGGUCCCUUGGGGCGGGUGCUGAUCUGGAAGCCUGGAAGGCACUGUUUGAGGAGGUUCCUGUUUUGCUGUCUGAAAAUGAGAAAAAGGACUGGAUUAGAACACUAAAGGCUGUGGCUCUCAGCUCUGAUGCCUUCUUCCCAUUCAGAGACAAUGUGGAUCGAGCUAAACAGAGUGGAGUGGAAUAUAUUGCAGCUCCUUCUGGAUCAGCAGCAGACCAAGCAGUGAUUGGUGCCUGCAAUGAGCUGGGAAUAACACUGGUACACACUAACCUGCGUCUGUUCCACCACUGAGACACUCACAUUGCAAGAUCAUCAUUCCUCUUGGAAGGCCAACCACGGGUGUUGGUUCCCAUUAUUCCAUAAAAGAUUGCUUGAUGAUGUGAUACCUGUCUGCUUUUUUUGAUUAAAUAAACUUAUAGACAUGUA